UCCCCAUAGAGGGUCUUUUCUCAAUUCAACUGCAAGCAGGACUUGGUGGGACACUACGCUGAGAGCUUCACACUGCACACUGCAUAGUGGACGUUUGUUGCUCCUCUCACAAUAUAACAUGGAGGAAGUCUGUAACCACGCAGCAUCACUGCUGACAAGUCUAAACCUCCAAAGAGAACAAGCUCAAUUCUGUGACUGUGUGGUCAGACAGAAACAGAGCCCAGGUCAGCUGUACCCUGCACACAGGUGUGUCCUGGCAGCUUCUAGUCCAAUGUUGGCAUCUAUCUUGUCCUCUUCUGGUGUCCUGGUGGAACUGCAUCUAUCUGACUCUGUACUGGAACUCGUCUUGGGCUACAUUUACACAGGGGCUUUGCCGUACACUCUUAGCGAACAACAGUAUUACAAUCUGCUUACUGCUGCCUGCUACCUGCAGAUUGAUGACCUGCAGGAGGCUCUGAGGACUGAGGUGAAUACUGCAGAUAAUACAAAUGCCUCCACUGGAACUGAGAAUCAGUCAUAUAGAGACAUUAAUACUAAAACUGACACUUGCAGUGCAAAUUCACUGGAGAGAGAGCAUCAAUAUUGUGAUGAUAUAGAUACACGUAGAAGUACCAGUAAAACUGAUGCAUACCACUGUAAUAGAAAAUGCACAAGCCCUUUAAGCAAUGCAAGUACCAGUUGUAGUUUGGCUGAACGUUCUGGAAGGGUAAAUGCAGGUAACUACAGACAAGCAACUUAUCUGACGCCUCAGGAUUUGAUUCAAAAUAUCCCUUGCGCGGCUGAAGCACAUGGGGUGUCUACGGAGGAGCCAGCAUGGACAGCUGAGAACAGGAGGCAUUUGUAUUCACGCUGCACUGCUGAGGUGCAAGAGGAAGAGAUGAGCAGAGCAGAGAAGACACAGCAACUGGGGUUAACAGUGAGAAGUAAAGCAGGGGAGAAGCAAACUAACAGAAAAGAGGAAGACAAGAUGCUUCGCUCUCCCCUUCCUCAUGUCUCGACCUCCCACCUUAAGGACAAGUUUUCUCCCUUACAGCACUCCUCCUCAUCACCACAUCUGUGCUGUGGGGCUGUGCCUGUCAUCCGUCACAGCGGUAGAGUAGCUAUGGCAGAAGUGCCUCCUUACCACCCAGUGUCUCAGGCCUCGGUCAACUCCAACAGGGCCCCUGACUUACGAUUAGGAAGCACAGACAAUGACAGAAUUGUUGAAGGUAUUACCACUGAACACAAAAAUCAUUAUGAGGCACAGAAUCGGGAUUACAGUAACAAUAAAUACCACAUUGGAACACAGAGUUGGGAUUGCAAGGUUAGUUCAGAUCAAUGUGCAAUACAGGAUUUAUGUUACAAAUCCAAUGCAGAUGAAUUAGACAUCAAAAGGCAGGAUUACAAUAGCAGCAAUACAGACAGUGAUGAAUAUAUGGGCAAUGGAUUAUCCCACAUUACAGAUCAUAAUGAUCACCAUGCUCACUGUGAUACAUUUCGGAAUAAGACUCCCACAAAACAUUUUAGUGAUGAUUCAGUGCCGCAGAAUAAGGACUGCAGCAGCUCUACCAGAGAGCGACUGGAUUGCUCUGAUUGCCACAAUAUCUCGAAUGACCCGAGUGUUGUAGCUCCACUUCCUGUACAGGACGCAGGAACAGGAAGUGACUGUGAAGAUUUGUGUCCUGAGGGAGAAGCGAAAGAGGAACAGAGUUACUCAAUCGGGUGUCCAACUGAAAUGGAUAGACAGGACAGCCACUGUAACCUCUAUGGACUUCGGUACACAAACUUGAGAUAUGAGACAACUAGCACGAAAGACGCCAACUCCAGCCAGCAUGGACAUGACAACAAAGACACGGCUAUGGAUCAUAAUACUGACUGCACAUUUCUGGAACAUGAAAAUAUGUCGGGCAUUGAGCCACACUUAACUUUUACAGUGCCUGUGGACAACAACAUGUCUGAUCCUACAUACAGUGUUGUGGGGCAGUCAUACCGUGGACAUCUUCAUUAUCACUGCCUAUCCCAGGAGGACACACACUUAUCACACCGAGACUCUGAUCACAAACACUCCCACCCUAGCCACCCUGAUCAUUCAGACCAGUCCACUGAUGAAGAGGAGGAGGAUGAUGGCAGUCCAGGUCUCAGUCCUCUGAGGCAGCACUUUGCUACUACAGAUCAGGUUCUACUGCUGGACAUUAGCGCCAAACCGGCAGAGUUGCUUGUGUCCUACAAACACAGAUCUGAUGAAGGGGAGAAAUGGGUUGCAUUAAGCCAAAAGGACACAUGUGGAAAUGGGUAUGGGAAUAAUGAUAGAGAACAACGUAAUGAAGCAGCAUCUGCAGCAGGGGUGGACAAGCCUAAAUCUUGGGUUGGGGAAACAAAUGUUGAAGAAAGAAAAAUUGUUAGUAAAGAGAAAAACAGGCCUGGAGCUGAGGUUGUACAUAAAGGUGAGAACCAGACCAUUACCUGGACAGCCUGUUCACCUCCUAGUGUGCCAGACUCCGUACAGGCCUCAGUGUCAUCUUCUUUGUCUGUGUGCAUACCUUCUACCCUGUCAGCCAGCAUGCCAACAAAUAUAUCAGCCCAUCUGUCAACUCCUGUUCACCACCCUUUCCAGUGCUCUCUGUGCGAACGUUCCUUCAGCCAGCGAGGCUCUCUGAAUAGACAUGUGCGGAGCCACCUUGGCGUACGGCCCUUCCCCUGCCCCCGCUGCCCUAUGACCUUUUCACGACAGUACCGUGUCACAGAGCACAUGCGUGUUCACCAGCGUUGUGUCCUUGGGAGCGACUUUCAAAAGCCUCCCGCCUCUUCAAUUUGAAACCACAGAAGUGGCUGUCCUUUAAUUGAGGGACAGUAUCAUUCAGGAUUAUGAUAAUACGUUUAAACAUAUCGAAGAAAAUUAGGGCAUUUUCAGGAUUCAGGGUAUCUAUGUCUUCCAGAGGCCCAGCAGUGCAGUGAAAAUUUGCCAUUCCAAAUAAGGAGUAAAGGGGAAAGGAGCAGAAAAAAUGUAAGUAAAUAAUUUAAAGCACCAAUCAAUACUUUGAUGUCAACAAAGGAACACAUUCAUAGUGAUGAAACCACAGAUCAUUAUCACCCGUUGCUUCUUCCAGCUCUGUUUAAGCAUCUUUCAGCUCAAUUGUUUUGGUUUUCCAGUCUGCAAAUUCACUGUUUCGGUUCACUCUCAACUCUGUUUUCAGCAAAAAAGCGAGUCAGCAGCAUUUAGCAGCUAAAGAGUUAUUUCCCCUGUGACUUCUUCCCUCGAGAACAGAUGAAUGCUUAAAGUGGCUAUAAUAGAUUUUUUUCAUAAUAACAAUGAAUAAAAUGAGAAAUAAUGUGACAAUGUGAAAUGAGUCACUUGUAGUGAUGAACCUACAAAUAAUUAUUGCCUGAAUCUGCAGCUCUCUUUUGGCUUCAUAGUGAGCCCUUUGUUUAGCUGUCAAGUCCAUGACUUUGCUGUUGUGGUUCACUCUCACCGUUCUCUGAAUGUAUUGUGGCCACAGCAGACAGCUGUUCUGAGCGAAAAAGCUCUUAAACGCCACUGUACACCCUGCUCAGCACCAAACAGCAGUCUUGGUUAUAGACUAGCUGAUGAACACAGUGGAGCAUUAAGCAGCUAAUAAGGAUUCCCAAAGGUUGGGAGAGACCACUUACGGUCGCCAUGUGGCUAGAAACACAACUCCAAAUGAAUGAUAAUGUUUCUCUGUCUGCUAGAUGUGUCUGUUCACGAGUUCGCCCUUCUCAACUCAAAACAUCAGUUAUUGCAGGGUUAAGUUGCUCUGUCUCUGCUGGAUGUGUAAAUAGGCAAAUGUCUGCUAACAAGUUAUUCCUAUGUGAACAUAAAAAGGUGAUAAUAUGAGUGUUGUGUUUUCUUUAGCGUUCUUUAGCGCUAAUUCUUUCUCAGAUUAACAUUUUGACUCCAUUCCAUUCAGUGCUGUAGAGUAGGUGUAUUCAACAGGCACUAAUUAAUAAUGAGAUUAAAGGCUGCAGUGACAGUUAAGAAGGUUUUGUACAGCAGUGACCUGUCACAUGGGACUCAUAUUCUCUGUUUAGACUGUGUAUGAUGUCAGACUCUUUGUUUUCAUGUGUGAUUACAAACGUUUGUUUUGUUUGAUUGAUGAAAACAUUAUUUAACAGAAUUUCCAUUCCUUUAAUAAUGCAUGUCAUUGUUUCCCUUGUUCAUGGGAUGCUAUAGGGUGUGUAAAGAUUUAAAUUAGAGAUGAAUUACUUUUGUUACGUUUGUAACACUGAUGGAAGAAACUGAGCUUGAUAUAUUGUUUUCUAUGUCUAAUGCACAUUGUGUAUAUGAUUGUCAUGUAUAUGACAAUUUUUGUUUUGUUUUGUUUGUUUGUUUUUAAACAUCCACAACACUUUUAAAUAAUACAGUAUUUGAAUGAA